GCAAACAGUCCAGCCUAAACAAAUCAACUGGGAACAUGAGUGAUGUUGGAGUUCAGUGUUCCAAAGAUGUUCAGAUCAGACUAAUGGAAGGUGGGAGUUCUUGUGCUGGGAGAGUGGAGAUUUACUACAAUGGAACCUGGGGGACGGUGUGUGAUGACUCCUGGGGAUUACUUGAGGCGGAUGUUGUGUGUAAACAGCUGGGAUGUGGAUCUGCUGUUAAUGCAGCAUCUUCUGCUCCUUGUGGUCGAGUUCCAGGCCCAGUUUGGCUGGAUGAAGUGAGAUGCUCAGGAAAGGAAUCAGCUCUAUGGGAAUGUGCCUCUUCUCCAUGGGGGCAGCAUGACUUUUAUCACAAAGAAGAUGUGAGCAUUUUGUGUAGAGAACACAAGGAGCUGCGGUUGGUAAACGGACAACAUUCAUGUGAAGGCAGAGUGGAAGUGUUUUACAAUGGGACUUGGGGAACUGUUUGCUCGGACUCCAUGAGUCGCAAAGAUGCUGAGGUGAUCUGCAAACAGCUAUAUUGUGGCGAAGCUGUAGCUGUUGAUGAUAGUGGUCGAUAUGAAAAAGGAUCUGGACCUAUUUGGCUGGACGAUGUAAUCUGUAGUUCACAGGAAUCCUUCCUGUGGCAGUGCUCUUCCCCACCUUGGGGAGAACAUGACUGUGAUCAUACAGACGACUUGCGUGUAGUUUGUUCAGAGCAAGCUCCGAAACAAAAUGAUCGUGCAAAACAGUGCAGUGGGAGUUCACCUGAUCAACAGCUUCAUUUAUCAGGACAGGAGAUGCGGUUGGUUGGAGGAAGCAGCAUUUGCUCUGGGAGAGUUGAGAUAUUGAGCAAUAACACGUGGGGGACGGUGUGUGACGACUCCUGGGAUAUCCGAGAGGCCAGUGUGGUGUGCAGACAGCUUGACUGCGGCCCCGCCGUGCGGGCUGUGGGGCAGGCGGGAUUUGGACAAGGCGCUGGUCAGAUAUGGCUGGACGAGCUUCACUGUAGAGGAAGUGAAUCCUUUCUGUGGGAUUGUGUCGCUUCAUCCGCGGAUCAAAGUGACUGCAAUCAUAAAGAAGAUGCUGGUGUGGUUUGCUCAGGUAAACUUCCGAAACCGCCAAUCCCAACCCCAUCCUUUGUUCAGUUGAUCAACAUCCCUUUUGUGGCCUGUAUCGUGCUUGGAAUCCUGUUAACAGUGGUACUGUUUGCACUGAUUCUACAGAUGGACAGCAAUUAUUCAGGAACAGAAGCAAAAUAUCCAUCUGUUCGUUUUUAUCAAGCAAUUUAUGAAGAAAUUGAGGAUCGGCCAAUCAGAACAAGGAACUUUGAGGCUGGCUCCCCUGUUUCAGGAUCCAACGAUUCUAUCAGUAAACUGGAGUACUACACUGGGGAGAAUGUGAAUGGUUCAGAUGCAGAAGAAGGAAACCCUGAAGUGUUUCUACCCAAUGGCGAUGAUCAUCUUCAGGAAGAUUAUGACGACGCUAAGAGCGGAACCUUCCAGCUGGCGGACCGCGGCCUCCUCCUGGUCAUUGAAGCACACACUGAGGUUCCAACACUGAUCAGUCCCACUGUCCAGGAAGAUUCGCUCUGCCAGGGUAACAGCCUAACUCUCAUGUCUUAA